GCUGCGCGGCCCCUUCCCCGCGCGUGGGGCGGGCGGAGACCGCCGGGAUUAGGGGAUCCAUCCCCUCAUCCACGCGUUCACCCACCCACCCGCUCAGGCAGCUCCCAUCGCUCCCCGCAGCGCCGCUCCAUGCCGGGCUCCACGCGGAGCCGGGAUCUCUCCGGGAAGGGCUGGCAUGUCCCAGCGGCGUGAGGCGGGGAGCCGGCUCCCUCCGGGGAGGGUGCCCGUGCCGAGGGGGCCGAGGAGGGCUGUGGUGGCCCCUCGCUGCUCGCCGGAGGGUUGGGAAGGUGCCGGGGAGCUGGCGGAGGAGGGACGGCGAGGGAGCGCCGAGCGCCGGCUGGCCGGGAGGAGCGCGGAGCGGAGCGGGGAUGGAUGUGCCGCGGCCGUGAGAGGAGCCCUGCCGUGGGAAGGGGAGUGUCUGCCUUCGGCCGGAGCGUGGGACAACUGAGCCGGCACCUUCUGGGCUUCUGCUCCCGGGAUCUUGGGCUGCUGCCCCCGGAAUUUUUGGCUCCGAGGACCUGCGGAGGGUCGGAGGCUGCUGGACGCGGGAUCACCUGUCCCAGAGGAGAGCGCGGACAGCGGGGGGAGCUCCGUGUUUCUGGAGCGAGGAUCUGAGAGCUGAGAGGCGGCUGCCGGGGUGGUCAGACCCCCUGCCAUCCCUGCCGAGAGGAUAUGGAUUUUCCAGAUGCCGCGAGCUUGAGGAGAGGGGUCCCGUGCUGACCCCCCGUCCCUGUCCCAGCCCCGCUCCCGGGAGCCAGCGCCUCUUGGUGCCGUUCCCACACCAGCAGCGGCUCGUCCCCGUCCCGGUGGGCUUGGCCGUGGAACUUGAGCUCUCUCAGCGCUGGGGUUGUUGUUUGCUUUCUGCAGGCAGGUGUGGAUUGACACCUUCCGGGCUGGCAGAGGGAUUGCUGAGCACGGGAGCGCUGCACGUCCCUCUGGAGCGGGCUCGGACCUCACCCCAGGCUGUGCCUCUGGGAUAUGGCAGCCGUGGGGACAAACUCGUGCCCCUGAAGGUGCCCCCCAGCCCGCCCUGCCCUCCUGCGAGCCGAGAUGGGAACCUCUGGGAAAACUUAGGUUUUCCUGAAGACGCCCGGGGAGGGGAGGGAAGAGGGAUCCAUGUGAGCCUCGUGGCUGCCGUGCCGUGGAUGGAUGGACGGUGGGCUGAGCGUGGUGGCCCAGCAUGACAGCCUGCCAGUACCCCAUGGCGCCGGGGGCCCUGGAGCGGGACCGGCUGUACCAGCACAAGGUCUCCCUGGUGGUGCGGUACUUCAUGAUCCCCUGCAACAUCUGCCUCAUCCUCCUGGCCACCUCCACGCUGGGAUUUGCCGUGCUGCUCUUCCUCAAUAACUACAAGCCCAACAGUUACUUCACUCAGACGCCGCCGACGCCGCGGGAUGUGUGCCGGGGGAUGCUGUGUGGGUUCGGGGCCGUGUGUGAGAGGAGCUCCAGCGACCCCUCCCAGGCCUCCUGUGUCUGCAAGAAAACAGCCUGUCCUGUCGUGGUGGCCCCUGUCUGUGGCUCUGAUUACUCCACCUACAGCAACGAGUGUGAGCUGGAGAAGGCUCAGUGCAACCAGCAGAGGAGGAUCAAGGUCAUCAGCAAGGGACCGUGUGGCUCCAAGGACCCCUGUGCAGAGGUGACCUGCAGUUUUGGCAGCACCUGUGUCCGCUCCACCGAUGGCCAGUCGGCCAAGUGUGUGUGUCCGUCCUCCUGCAGCGGCGUUCCCGAGAAUCCCGUGUGCGGCAGUGACGGCCGCGACUACCGCAGCGAGUGCGACCUCAACAAGCACGCCUGUGACAAGCAGGAGAACGUCUUCAAGAAGUUUGAUGGCCUCUGUGACCCCUGCAAAGGCGUCCUCAACGACAUGAACCGCGUGUGCCGGGUGAACCCCCGCACCCGGCGGGCGGAGCUGCUGCCGCGCCCCGAGGGCUGCCCGCCCCGGAGGGAGCCCGUGUGCGGGGACGACGGCAUCACCUACGACAACGAGUGCGUGAUGGGGCGCUCGGGGGCCAUCCGGGGCCUGGAGAUCCAGAAGGUGCGUUCAGGGCAGUGCCAGCAGCAGGACAAGUGCAGGGACGAGUGCAAGUUCAACGGGGUGUGCCUGAACCGCCGCGGCUCCGCGCGCUGCUCCUGCGACCGCAUCGCCUGCGACGGCGCCUUCCGGCCCGUCUGCGCCCGCGACAGCCGCACCUACGGCAACGACUGCGAGCGCCAGAAGGCAGAGUGCCACCAGAAGGCUGCCAUCCCCGUCAAGCACAGCGGACCCUGUGACCUGGGCACACCCAGCCCCUGCCUGAGCGUGGAGUGCACCUUUGGGGCCACGUGCGUGGUGAAGAACCAGGAGGCCGUGUGUGAGUGCCAGCAGGUGUGCCAGGGCCGCUACGACCCCGUGUGUGGCACCGACAACCGCACCUAUGGCAACCCCUGCGAGCUGGACUCCAUGGCCUGCGUCCUCAAGAGGGACAUCAGGGUGAAGCACAAGGGGCCCUGUGAGCGCUGCGGGAAGUGCCAGUUCGGGGCCAUCUGCGAGGCGGAGACGGGGCGCUGCGUGUGCCCCACCGAGUGCGUGCCCUCUGCCCAGCCCGUGUGCGGCUCCGACGGCCGCACCUACGGCAGCGAGUGCGAGCUGCACGUCCGAGCCUGCACCCAGCAGACCAACAUCCUGGUGGCCGCCCAGGGAGACUGCAAGUCGUGUGGCAGCACGGUGUGCUCCUUUGGCAGCCGCUGUGUGGGUGGGCAGUGCGUGUGCCCGCGCUGCGAGCGCCAGCCCCCGGCCCCGGUGUGCGGCACCGACGGGCUCACCUACGACAACCAGUGCGAGCUGCACGUGGCCUCCUGCCAGCAGAAGAAGAGCAUCGAGGUGGCCAGGACAGGGCCCUGUGAGGAUGAGUGUGGCUCGGGGGGCUCUGGCUCCGGGGAUGGCAGCGAGUGUGAGCAGGACCGGUGCCGGCAGUUCGGGGGCUGGUGGGACGAGGACGCCGAGGACGAUCGCUGCGUGUGCGACUUCACCUGCCUGGCCGUGCCCCGCAGCCCGGUGUGUGGCUCCGAUGGUGUCACCUACGCCAACGAGUGUGAGCUGAAGAAGACACGGUGUGAGAAGCGCCAGGAUCUCUAUGUCACUGGCCAAGGAGCCUGUCGUGCCCUUGCCACAACCCCACCACCCCUCCUGGUUGUGCACUGCAGCCAGACCAUCUACGGCUGCUGCCCAGACAACAUGACCCUGGCGCUCGGAGUGGGAGCAGCAGGAUGCCCAAGCACGUGCCAGUGCAACCCCUACGGCUCCUACGGGGGUUCCUGUGACCCUGGCACGGGGCAGUGCUCCUGCAAGCCCGGCGUGGGGGGGCUCAAGUGCGACCGCUGCGAGCCGGGCUUCUGGAACUUCCGCGGCAUCGUCACCGACAGCAAGAGCGGCUGCACCCCCUGUAACUGCGACCCCGUGGGGUCAGUGCGGGAUGACUGCGAGCAGAUGACGGGGCUGUGCUCCUGCAAGACUGGCAUCACUGGCAUGAAGUGCAACCAGUGCCCCAACGGCAGCAAACUGGGCAUGACUGGCUGCGAGAAAGACCCCUCGGCCCCAAAAUCCUGCGAGGAGAUGAGCUGCGAGUUCGGGGCCUCGUGCGUGGAGGUCAACGGCUUUGCCCACUGCGAGUGCCCGUCCCCGCUGUGCUCAGAGGCCAACAUGACCAAGGUGUGCGGCUCUGACGGUGUCACCUACGGGGACCAGUGCCAGCUGAGGACCAUCGCCUGCAGGCAGGGCCAGGUCAUCACGGUGAAGCACGUGGGGCAGUGCCAUGAGUCCAUCACCCACACGAGCCACCCGUCGCCUCCCACGCCGCUGCCCACGCUGCCCUUGGACCGGCUCAUCCUCCCCCCGCCCCUGCCCCUCACCACCCAGGCUCCAGAGCCCACCGAGGUGGCCACCAGCUCCCCGCCGCUGGAAGCCGAGCCCACGGAACGGGGUCACCCCACGACGAGGCGCGUCACGACGGCCAGGCCGGCCACGACGCCCUGGGCCACCCACGGCGGGCACAAGGCCACGGUGCGGCCUCUCUCCACCGCCCCGGUGGUCCUGGCCACCCCCCAGCCUGCCUACGGGGAGUCGGGCAGCGCUGAGGGCAGUGGGGACCAGGAGAUGGGUGCCAGCGGGGACCAGGAGUCCAGCGGGGCGGGCUCUGCCGGGGAAGAGGAGGUGGAGGAAGGCCAGGUGAUGUCCACCCCGGCCGUGGAGAGGGCCACGUGUUACAACGCCCCGCUGGGAUGCUGCUCCGACGGCAAGACCGCGGCUGCCGACGCUGAGGGCAGCAACUGCCCAGCUACCAAAGUCUUCCAAGGAGUCCUCAUCCUGGAGGAGGUGGAAGGCCAGGAGCUGUUCUACACCCCGGAGAUGGCUGACCCCAAGUCGGAGCUCUUUGGGGAGACGGCCCGGAGCAUCGAGAGCGCGCUGGACGAGCUUUUCCGCAGUUCUGACGUCAAGAAGGAUUUCAAGAGCAUCCGUGUGCGGGACCUGGGGCAGAGCAGCGCCGUCCGUGUCUUCGUGGAGUCCCACUUCGACCCAGCCACGUCCUACACGGCAGCUGAUAUCCAAGCGGCCCUGCUGAAGCAGAUCAAAGCUUCCAAGAAGAAGACCAUCCUGGUGAAGAAGCCCCAGCAGGAGCACGUCAAAUUCAUGGAUUUUGACUGGAUCCCCAGGCUCUUCACCACCACCAUCACCACCACCACGGCCACCACCAUGGCCCCGGCCACCACCCGCAGGGCCACCACGGCCGCCGCCGUCACCACGGCCCGCGGGCAGCGCCCCGACGGCAGCACCCGGAGGCCCAGCCCUCCCACCCUCCUGCCGGCCGCCAGCACCCGCAGGAAGCCCACCCGGCAGCCCCCCGUCACCAGGAGACCCCCCCGGCCCUGCGACUCCCACCCCUGCCUGCACGGGGGCACCUGCGAGGACGACGGCGAGGAGUUCACCUGCAGCUGCCCCGCGGGCAAGGGAGGGGCUGUCUGUGAGAAAACUAUCAGGUACUUCAUCCCCAGCUUCGGGGGCAAGUCCUACCUGGCGUUCAAGAUGAUGAAGGCGUAUCACACGGUGCGCAUCGCCAUGGAGUUCCGCACCCUGGAGCUCGGGGGGCUGCUGCUCUACAACGGCCAGAACCGGGGCAAGGACUUCAUCUCCCUGGCCCUGGUGGGCGGCUUCGUGGAGCUCAGGUUCAACACGGGCUCUGGCACGGGCAUCAUCACCAGCAAGGUCCGUGUGGAGCCUGGCAAGUGGCACCAGCUGGUGGUGAACAGGAACCGGCGCAGUGGGAUGCUCUCCGUGGAUGGGGAGCCCCACGUGAGCGGGGAGAGCCCCCCGGGCACCGACGGGCUCAACCUGGACACCGACCUGUUCAUCGGGGGAGCGCCCGACGACCAGAUGGCCGUGGUGGCAGAUCACACCACGGCCACCACGGGGCUCAAGGGCUGCAUCCGCCUCCUGGACGUGAACAACCAGAUGUACGACCUGCGGGAGAAGGGCAGCGACGUCCUCUACGGCAGCGGGGUGGGCGAGUGUGGCAACGACCCCUGCCACCCCAACCCCUGCCACCACGGGGGCAUCUGCCACGUCAAGGAGGCAGAGAUGUUCCACUGCGAGUGCCGCCACACCUACACCGGGCCCACGUGCGCCGACGAGAGGAACCCCUGCGAGCCCUCACCCUGCCACGUCUCUGCCACCUGCCUGGUGCUGCCCGAGGGGGGUGCCCUGUGUGCCUGCCCCAUGGGCCGGGAAGGAGACUUCUGCGAGCGAGUGACAGAGCAGGACCACACCAUGCCCUUCCUCCCGGAGUUCAAUGGCUUCUCCUACCUGGAGCUGAACGGGCUGCAGACCUUCGUUCCUGACCUGCAGGAGAAAAUGUCCAUGGAAGUUGUGUUCCUGGCCAAGAAUCCCAGUGGAAUGAUCUUCUACAACGGCCAGAAGACAGAUGGCAAGGGGGACUUCGUGUCCCUGGCCCUGCACGACGGGUACCUGGAGUACAGAUACGACCUGGGCAAGGGGGCAGCCGUGCUCAGGAGCAAAGAGCCGGUUCCCCUCAACACCUGGACGAGUGUCCUGCUGGAGAGGAACGGGCGCAAGGGGGUCAUGAGGAUCAACAACGGCGAGAGGGUGAUGGGGGAGUCACCGAAAUCCCGUAAGGUGCCUCACACCUACCUGAACCUGAAGGAGCCGUUUUACGUUGGAGGAGCCCCUGAUUUCAGCAAGCUGGCUCGAGCAGCUGCCAUCUCCACCAGCUUCGAGGGGGCUGUGCAGAGGAUCUCCAUCAAGGGGGAUGCCCUGCUGACGGAGCAGAACAUCCGCAGCGCCAUCGAGAUCUCGCCCUUCCGGGGCCACCCCUGCACCCAGAAACCCAACCCCUGCCAGAACGGGGGCACCUGCAGCCCCAGGCUGGAGAGCUACGAGUGUGCCUGCCAGAGGGGCUUCCACGGGGCCCACUGUGAGAAAGUGAUCAUUGAGAAGGCUGCUGGGGAUGCAGAGGCCAUUGCCUUUGAUGGCAGGACAUACAUGGAGUACCACAAUGCUGUCACCAAGAGCCACCUGGGCAAUGAGAUCCCUGCUCCCGAGGCGCUGGACUAUCCCGUGGAGCCCAGUGAGAAGGCCCUGCAGUCCAACCACUUCGAGCUGAGCAUCAAAACAGAGGCCACGCAGGGGCUGAUCCUGUGGAGCGGGAAGGGGCUGGAGCGCUCGGACUACAUCGCCCUGGCCAUCGUGGAUGGGUUCGUGCAGAUGACCUACGACCUGGGCUCCAAGCCAGUCGUCCUCAGAUCCACGGUCCCAGUCAACACCAACCAGUGGAUCCACAUCAAAGCCUCCAGGGUACAGAGGGAAGGCUCCCUCCAGGUUGGGAACGAAGCUCCCAUCGCUGGUUCUUCUCCACUUGGUGCCACCCAGCUGGACACAGACGGGGCCCUGUGGCUGGGGGGGCUGGAGAAGCUGAGUGUGGCUCACAAGCUGCCCAAGGCCUACAGCACUGGCUUCGUUGGCUGCAUACGGGAUGUCCUUGUGGACCGCCAAGAACUGCACCUGGUGGAGGACGCUUUAAACAACCCCAGGAUAUUACACUGCUCGGCCAAAUAGACCCCCAGAGACCCUCCCUCCUCCUUCCCUCCCUCCUGCCUAUUGCUGUAAUUAUUUUCUAUUUUUGUAAACUUAUUGCUUUUUAUAUUUUUGGGGGGGGAGGAGGGAGGGAGGGGGGAAAAAGGGAGGGGAGGAGGAGACACCUUUUUCUUUCGGGUUAUCCGUUCGGUUGCAGCCUACCCAGGUCAGGCAGAACUCGAAUCAAACAGCAGCAACAAAGAACAAACCUUGAACCAAGUCUCCAAGAAGUGACAGAAGAACUUGCCCAUCACGCUGUAAAUCUUCUUCAUACUUGAAGCUUCUUUUUUUGGGGGGUUGUUUUUCCCCCCUCCUCACUUGUGUUCUUGGGUUGUCGUCCCUGCCCACGGGGGGGGAAAAGAUGCUGGUGCUGGCGAGACCUGUGGCCUUCAUGGAUUCACUGCCCGGCCCCAACGUCCCCUCUGCAGUGCUGGCUGAGCAGGGAGGUGGGAAUUGCCACCCCUGCUUGGGGGUCUGGCUCUGCCAAGCCUUCCCCUGGCCCUGUGCUCACCCGACCUCCCUCCUCCCCCCUCCUUCCUCUCGCUCUAAUUUAUGUGUGUAAGAAUCUCAAGUGCUUUUCUCCUUCAUGCUCUGUUAAAAUCAGGGAUGCCAUGCACUGGAAGAGAGACCAAGGCCUGCUCUGAGCAGGCAGGAAAGCAUUGCUCUUUGGUUGUCUUAUGACUGUUUGCUGGACUGAGAGGUGCUGGGGGGGAAACGUUGAUUUUUCUCUGUUGGUUCUCCUCCUCGUCCUCCUCCUCCUCCUCCUCCUCUUGGACAUGUGCAGAAGCAGCUGUGAAACCUCAUUUCCACGCUUUGUGUUCAUCCAGACGUGUCCCAACCACCUGUUUGCCCUUGGCUGCUCUUCCCAAGAGCUUCUGCCCACCAAGCCUCGCCCUCCCGCGCGCCGGGGAUAACUUGGAGCUCCUCUCCAAGGGCUGGAAGUGCUCCCCCUUCUUCCAGCACCACCAAACAGGGACUGGGUCCCUCUUGGCUUUUAAAAGACCUGUUGGAUGUGUCCUUCCAUGACCCACGUCCAUUUUCCAGCCUCUGGGGCAUGGCUUUGCCCUCGGGCGCUCUGCCAGCCUGGGAAUGCAGAGCUGGCACUGGAGCCUCUCCCACAAAGAGAAUUCGGAGUUUCCUUGGAUUCGAGUUUUUUUGCAAUGCCCAGGGUCUUCCACGCCGUGAUCAAAGCUCCUCUGGCCGCUGCCAGCCCAGCAGGAACAGCUCCAACAGGAAUGGGAACGGGGCACGAGUCGGGACUGGAGUGUUUUUGGGGGGUGGGGGGGGGAUUUUUAGGUGUUUUGUUCCUUGAAAGCAAAUGUUUUAGUGCCAGUGACAAAGCCAGUGAGUGGAUGGUGUGUGUUUGUGAGUGUCUGUCACCCAGCACACGUUUUGCCUGCAGACCUUGGAUCUCCUGGGAGCAGGAGAAGAGCCAAUGGAUCACAGCUCCGAAGGAAACCACCCUCUCCAUUCGAGUUCCUUCUCCAUGGGAAGGAUUUAAUGAUGCUGUGGAGCAUCCACAUCCCUUCCCCACCCUGAGGUGGCAGCUCUGUGUAAAAAACAAGCUUUGUGGAGUGGACAGGACGCACCUGAAGGAUCAUUAAUAUUAAUUAAUGAGUGUUAAUUAAUACCCAAGGUGCCAUAAUUUUGCAGUUUCACCUUCCAGCUUCCAGCACACCUUUUAAAAAUGGUGUUUCUUGGCACUCAAGUUUUGAGCCACACAAGGUCAGAGGCCUUUUCCUCGGGGUGAGCUCUGAACAAAGGGGAAGAACGUGUGUAAAAACCACUUGGGGGUUUUUAUUUCUUUUUAUUUGAUUGAAAGAAAACUAUCCCCCCCCCUCCCCACCCUCCCCAUCCCCAAUCUGUGACAUUCCUCUGCAAAUCCAGGGGUUAAAUAUUCCACAGAGGGGGGCUGUGCCCUCUGUGGGAUGGAGACUGCUCUGUGUGUGUGAGUGUGUGUGCCAAAAACCACAUUUUAAGUGGCUGCUGUAUAUAAAUCGUGGGUCCUGGUGGGGAUUGCAGGUGUGAGACCCCCCCAAAUCCGUGAAUUUUGAGAAGGGGGGAAUUUCCAGCUUGGGCAUUGCUGAGACAGGGCUGGAUCCUCCAGCUCCAGAGGGGGACAGGGGGCACGUGCAGAGGAAGCUGCUAAUUUUCUCAAAUGCCACUCCAAACGAAGCCAGGGGUCACUGCAAAAGAAAUUACAACAACCCAACAGCUAAACAAAAAAGAAAAAACAAACAAAAAAACUCUGUCUGCUUUUGCUGGGGCUUGGAAAUGCCUUAAAACAGGACGUGGUGUCCUCGUUGUGGAGCAUCUCGAACCAAGGUCAGGCUCAGCAAGUGCUCCCUUGGGGCCGUGCACUUAACUGGGGCUUUAUUUUUAAUAGCAUUUAUAACAUGUAUGUACAAACAAACAAACAGACAAAGAAAAAGAGACAUUGAGGUUUGUUUUUUUUUCUGGGUUUGGUUUUUUUUGGUUUUUUUGUUUUGUUUUGGUUUAUUUUGUUUUGGUUUUUUGUUUUGGUUUUUUUUUGUUGUUUUUGCUCUUUUUUUUUUUUUUUAAAUGUCCACGUGGCUUCAUUUAUAGGGUAAAUUAAUGACCAUUGUGAACUGCUGUAUGAAUUCUGAAGGGCAAUGCACAGUAGAGGAGCAGCAUGAUAUAACCAUUACUAACUUGUGUCUUUCGUCAAUCACCAUGAAAUAAAGUUUGAAAACUAUUAAA